CUAGGCUCCUCCCAUUCAGCUGAGCGGUUGUAUCGCUAUUCAUGCAAGAUGAUCAACUAAGCUUUCAUUAUGAAGAAAUACAAACUGAACAAGCGGGAGAAUCAAACAGAUGUCCUCUCGCUCACCAAUAUGGCGAUGUUGGAUGGUUUGCGCUGCAAUCAGCAAUUACUGUGCUCAAUAUAGCAGCAAUUACGACCAAUACUUUUUUCAUCGUCAUUUGUGCACGCUCCGGUGUGAUGCAUAAAAAUAUGCGUUUGAUGUUGUCGACGAUCUCGUUAUGUUUGGCUGUGAAUGCUUGUGCUGGAUUGCUCUACAACGUUUAUUUUCUCUAUCUCGGAUCCCAUGGAUUCCCCGACGAACCACAAAGGAACCCGUGGUGCUCCGUGAUCAACACCCUGAUGGUGCCUUGGGAUGCGGCUACAUGUCUUCUGAUGGUUGGAGUAGGAACAGAAAGGUUAAUUGCCACUAGGAAACACGUCCCCAACGCGGUAAUAUCCGAUAGUGUGAAGGUAAUUUUUCUUCUCGCUGUAUGUGCGGCUGCAUUUGUCACAAUCAACUAUGUCAUGAACUUGACGGACCAAGGGGUUUGCAUCUGCGACGGCGCUUCUCUUCCGGAUCGGUACGCAAUGCUUUUCCGAAUUUGCAUCUGCACCAUGGUCGAAGUAGGCACAAUCUCGCUUUUCGGCUACGUUCUGAUUCUCUCAAGGUCGGAAGCUGAUGGAAUGGGUAUAAAUAUAGCCAAAUACUCGUUGAGCAAGCGAUUCCAGAUACAUGAGACAUACCGUACAACACAAAUGCUGUUGCCUUGCGCUGUGCUUCACGCUGUGCUCUAUCUCUCCUAUCUCUGCCUACUAAUACCCAUUAGGGAUAUAAGAGCUGAGAAAACUUUGACAGUUGGGCAGUUCAACCUCUCGUGUAUCAUUUUUGCUUUCCCAUCCAUGUAUGGCUUGGCAUAUCCUUUGAUAUGCCUUACACGACACUUCUAUCUGAGGCAACGUGUAGAUGAUCUUCUUGGAACGAUUCUUCAGAGGAAUCCACCUAUAACUCUCAAUCCAGCACCGGACGAUGGAGAUGCUAUGCGAAUGACACCUGAACUAAGCAGCACCCAUAGUUUUCGCUCCGAACAUGAUCGGCGAGUCGAUUUUCAUGUAGCUCCUGAACGUCAUGCAGAAAUCUUAGCCACAUUCUGGGACAGAGAAGAAAACGGUCAACGUGCCAAAUUAUAACUUUUCCGUUAUUUCCCGUUCCGUGAUAAAUUCAUGUUAAAUACAGUCGUCGAUCUCAUGUUUGAUGCAUCUGGUUCUAGGAACAUCGCUAUGGGUUGUGAGUAGUGAAUACAGUAUCCGUAUUUCUGUAAAUAAAUCGUUC